UUUAUUUUUCUUUUUUCUUUUCUUUUUCAACGCGCCCUGGAUUGCUGGAUCGAUUUCCGGGGACUUUCCACUACACAACACUGAAAUGUGACGAGCUGCACUUCUUUCUUUUUUUCCCCUUCUUCUUCUUCUUGGUUGUUUUGCUUUUCUUUUUUUUUUUAUUUCUAGCCACUCGGAUCGAGGUCACUGCGCGCAGUCUGGUCGGGAUAAGUGCCGUCCUCCUCCAGCACAGAAAUAUUCGGCUGCCGAGAGAAAAGGAUGAGGUUUGCGCAAACAGCUCGCUGGUCUGAACCGACUCGACCUGUUCUACCUGGACUCCUGCGGGUAACUUUGCGCCUCUGAGAUCUAAAAAUAGUCGCCAAUCGCGCAGGACUCGGAUUGUAAGUGGGGGGAAAAACCAGAAAAGAAACGCUGAACGCUGAAUCCUUCACUCAAGACGGCCAGUGAAGAUGGCUCCUACGUGUUUAACGUCUAUUUCAUCCGACUGGCGUCCAGUCUGAUCAACAUCAUCAGCGAUGUAGUCAGCCUGGUCAUCUGCGUGCUCAUCAUUUGCAGCAAAUACUCGCAUCUGCUCAAGCGCGAGACCAUGAAGAUGAUCCUCCUGCGCCGAUUCCGGGUCCUGAUCCUCAUGGUGUUCCUCAUCGCCUGCUCCAUGCACAUCAUGAUCGACUUGUUACCCAAGCUGGAGAGGCACGGAGGCGGCGGCGGCGGCGGCUGCUCCUGCUCCAACGCGCCCAGCGAGCAGCCCCAGAGCUGGGGAGGGAAGCCCCAGCAGCAGGGCUGGCCCAGYAACAACAACAACAACAACAAGCACACCCUCCGGAUCCUCCAGGACUUCAGCAACGAGCCCAGCUCCAACCUGUCCUCCCACUCCCCGGAGAGGAGCCCGGCUGCAGGGGCCGGAGCGCGCGGCGCGGCGGAGGGUCCCAGUGGGCAGCGGCAGAGACAGUUCGUCCAGGACGGCGCGCAGAGCAGGCACGCGCCGGACAGGGGGUCCAAGCUGUCGGCUCUGUUUGAGCAUCCUUUAUAUAAAAAGUCCCCGCCGCCUCUAACGGAGGAGGACACGCUGUUCAACGUCAACACCGACAUCAGAUUUGACCCCAAAGCAGCAGAGGAGGAGGCAUGGACUGGGGAGGGCACCRUGGACGAGUUCAGCCCGACAGGAGAGCUGAUGGCCGAGUCCUACCCCAACUGGCUCCGCUUCCACAUUGGGAUUAAUCGAUACGAGCUGUACUCCAGACACAAUCCGGUCAUCGAUGCCCUCCUGAAGGACCUGGUGACGCAGAAGAUCACCAGCGUCGCGAUGAAAUCUGGAGGCACUCAGCUUAAACUCAUCAUGACCUUCCAAAACUACGGCCAGGCUCUGUUCAAACCCAUGAAGCAGACCCGGGAGCAGGAGACCCCACCAGACUUCUUCUACUUYUCCGACUUCGAAAGACACAACGCAGAGAUCGCAGCCUUUCAUCUGGACAAGAUCCUGGACUUCCGUCGGGUCCCUCCUGUUGCUGGCAGGCUGGUCAACAUGACAAAGGAGAUCAGAGAUGUUACACGAGACAAAAAGCUCUGGAGGACCUUCUUCAUUUCACCAGCCAACAACGUGUGUUUCUACGGCGAGUGUUCAUACUACUGCUCCACUGAGCAUGCCCUGUGUGGGAAACCUGACCAGAUCGAAGGGUCGCUGGCCGCCUUCCUGCCCGACCUGGCCCUCGCCAAACGCAAGACCUGGAGGAACCCGUGGAGACGCUCUUACCACAAACGCAAGAAGGCAGAGAAACAUGGAUCGCCACCACUAUGAAACGUUUGAAAAGUUUGGAAAUGAGACCUUCAUCAUUCAUCUGGACAAUGGCAGAGGCUUUGGAAAGCACUCUCAUGAUGAGAUUUCCAUCCUGGUGCCUCUGACUCAGUGCUGCAGAGUCAGAAAGUCGACCCACCUGCGUCUGCAGCUGCUGGCGAAGGAAGAGUACAAGCUGUCAGUGCUGAUGGCAGAGUCCAUGGAGAGGGACCGGCUCACGCCCAUCCUCAUCCAGCCACACCUGGACGCCAUGGACCGACGUCUGCGCCUGGUGCUAAAUGUWUUGUCUGAAUGCAUCGAGAAGGAGGGUCACAGUUAUGUGGUGGAGGAUGACCUCCAGGAGAACCAAGGACAGGACCACGCCCACAUCAGCCCCAGACAGAGGUAGCCGGGGGGCAGGGGGGCACGCGACUGGCCGGAUUGGGCUGGCUSUCUGAAGUAAAGACUCUGGAGUGAUCUAAUCUCGUCUCUUCUUCUGUGCUGAAUUUCAYCUGAGGACAGUCCCCCCAACCUCUCCCCCACCCCGCUCCUGAGGUGACCGAAGCUGUACUGGAAGGAAGUUCUGCUGGAUGGGACGGGACUUUACCAAACCACGAGGCUGGACGAAAACCGAACCACCACUUAUCACCUUAAAAAAAUCAACUCUGACAUAGGAUAGCAACACCACAGACGACCCAGACACCCGUCAACUCACCGCUGCAACUAAACAGAGACGGCUKCUCGCUGUAAGGACCCUUCUGUUGGAUUCAGUGAAUUCUGAGGGCCUCGGAGCGAGUUUCCUGAACUGAAUCUACUUAUUGUUAGCAAUGCAAGAAGGUGGAUUGGAAUCAAAAAUAUGUUUGUUUGUUUGGAGUUUUUUUUUUUUUAAUGUCUUGUUUCAUAUUUUCUUUUUAAAUGUUCUUUCUGCUAAGCUGUUUGGAUUUUCGCGAUGGAGAUUUUGGAUCGGAGUGCAGGUUUACUCCUGGAUAAUUUAAUUUAAUUUAAUUUUUUUCCCCUCAACUGUCAGAUGUUCUUGAAAUGAAAAAAAAAAAGAAUGAGAGUAUUUAUUACAAUUUGUAUUUAUUGUUUUAAAAACGAGCUGAUCACACAAAAAUGAUUUAGCAUCCACAGACGCGUACUUCGUCAUUUCUCCACAAGGGGGCAAACUGAGCAUGUGCAAACAUUCCAGCUCAUUCCAGUCUGUACAAAAACAAAACUGGCCAAUGCAUUUCCACUUUUGUUUACAAUAUUAGAUCCCUUUUGUUUUUGUUUGUUUUUUUUUAUAUUCAGGUUUGAUUUUCGGCUCUGAAAGCCAAAAAUGUGACACUAAUUAUUUUAUUUUAUUUUAUUUUGUAAUGUAUUCGACGUCCAAGAUGUUGCUGUUGUGGAGAGCUUUAUUUUUAAGGAUGUACAUUUCAUUCCUCGCCAAUGGCCGACAGCUGCUGGCGUCAAUGAUUCAGUCGCUGGGCUGAAAGUUAAUAUAUACAGUAGGAAAAAUCUAGUGCCUGUGCAAUGAUAGAAAUACUUGAAUGUCUGGUUUCAUAGCAGAAAAGGGUACAAGCUAUAGAUAAUAACAGAUGUCUUCAUACGUGGACGUGCUGAUUUCAUGGGGUUUAUAUUUGGGUUCUAUUCUGCAAGUUUUAAGUUCCUGUAGUCCUGUCUGUGUCAGGGCAUCCACGGAUGUGUGGGAGACCACCAACAACCAAAAUGCUUCUUUUUAAAAAAAACAAUUUGACUAAUUGUUUCUGUGGGUUUUACUUUUUGCAUUUCUUUGCAACAUGGUAAGAGUGCAAUAAAACAGAAUAAGCAUCACGUCAUAGCGUACCUGUGCUCUUGAUUUACAGGUGUCGAGAGGAAACAAAUCCAGGUACAGGUAGGCGUGGGGAGUACAAGAUACAAGGAAUUAUAUUUAAUUUCACAUAAUGAAAUGUUGUUGUUUUUUUUGUGAAAAUAAAAUUUUGUUGUCAGCAAAA